AGGGGGAGAGAGAGCCAGAGGGACAGACAGAGAGAGGCGUGAUGGGAGAAGAGGAGAAGAAGGAGAAGAAGAGGGUGGUGGUGGAAUCGCUGGGAUGGCUAACGGAAUCUUCUAUCAUGCCGAAGAAGCACCGCGCAAUCGCCGGCGUCGGAGCAUCAUCUAUUAUGGAACUCAAGGCCCAACUCUACAGAUCCCAAGAAGAGUCCAGGAAAUCUAAGGAAGUCUCCGGCACCGACCUCAACUACCACCGCGCCAAAAGCAAGAUAUCCAAACUCGAUACCUUCUCUCUCAAGAACUCCGGCGUCGACUCCCGUGCUCAUAAGGACAAGCUUGAGCUGAAAGCAGUAAAUGAUGGAUCAGUCAGUUAUGCAGCAUUGGAGAAGAAGGCUGCAUUAUAUGAUAAACUAGUGAGGGGGGAACUAUCCGAUGAGGAAGACAAGGAGAAGUAUUGUGUCGAUUUUUUUCGCAAGAGCCUUGUGCAGGAUGAGUCACAACAGGUGCAAGGUCAUGAUAGUUUGGCUACAGUUCCACCAGAAACUGAGGAUGCUGAGGAUGAUUCCUCUGUGCUUUUUAACAAAAAAACUUUUGGACCUGGGCGGACAGCAGGAGUAAUGGACAAUGAUGAGCACAAGCGUUUUGUAAGGGAAGUGCAUGAAGAAGCAAAUCAAGCAAGAGAAGAGGUAUCUGAACUCAAAUUGCGAAGGCAAGAGCAGGCAAUGGCACGGCGAGAGAAACUGAAGCAGGCAUAUCUUCGGAAACAGCUAGAGAAACUGAAAGCGGCAUCAAAAACCGAACAGACAUGACUGGUAGAUAGGAGAUGAUUAGGGGCUUUAUUAAGUCACCAUAAGUCGUCCAGCUCAAGAAUGUAACAUUUUACUGUCAUUUUUUCUCCACCGAGUGCUGUGGCUGUUGGGUGAAAGAAAAAAAAAACCACCCAAACUUCCAUCUUGUUUUUCCUUUAAAAUUUUUGUACAGUAGAGAAAAGAUGCUUUAAUGAUAUAAAUCAAAUGAUGAAGUUAACAGAUUUGAAUAAUAUACCUAAAUGAAUUUUACUUAACCC